AUGGGUUGCCUCAGCCACCGUAAGAAGGUCACCGAGCAACGCGCCGAACAGAAAUGGGACUACAUUAACUUGAACGACUUCAAGUCGCGGGGAUGCCUCACUCCGUUCGCCUACUUCUACCUUUGGCUCAUGUUGAUCAUCUCAUUGGCUGUCUACGGCGUCGACAUGUUCACUGCCGUCAACCUGCUGGCCUUCGACCGCUGGUCUUCCGAGAUCGAUCCCGCCAUCGACUUCAAAAUCUCAAAAUGGAUCUUCUCCAUCUCCAUUAUCGCAUCCUUUGUCAACAUUGCCUUUGAACAGUUCCGGGCCAUGCGCGUCAUGAAGCGGGGAAACGUCGCGGAAUGCUAUCUCGACAACAUUGCCGUCCGCCUCGAAAGUGUCCGUAUGGGGAAGGGUCAGGGUUGGAAGCGUUUCUUGGUCUUCGCCGAGCUCACAAAGAGCAAGAAGGGAGCCGAGUACAUUGCCUUGUUCACCUACUUCAGUUUCCAAUCCUGGAUCCGAGUCCUCGUCUGUUCCGGCCCCCGUCAAGUCGUCAAUGCCUUGACGCUCAAGUCCGUCUAUGAUGCCAAGCUCGCUGUCCACGAAGCAUCUGUCGAGGGCUCCCUGUUGGGCUUCUUUGACAAGAUCAAAUCGCUCGCCACGGAGGACUACCAGCAGGCCCUCAUCCUGUCUGGUAUGCUCUUCACUCUCGUCAUCUGGGUCUUCUCGGCCUUGUACCUCAUCAUGGCCGUCUUCUUCUACGUAUUCUUCCUGUUCCAUUGGAUCCCCAAGGCCGACGGCGGCCUCUCUGGCUACUGCGAGCGCAAGGUCACAAAGGCCCUCAUGAAGAUUGUGACUGCCAAGGUCAACAAGGCUCUGGCGAGGCAGGAAGAAAGCAAGCGCAAGGCGGCCAAGAAGAAUGGAGAGAAACUGCCUCUCGAACGGCAGGCGACUCUUCCUACGCUCCCCAACGUCGGCGACCCAGACAAGCUCGCCGAGAUGCCCAUGUUCGGCCGCAGCGACACCUUCGCGACGCUCCCCGCCUACGAAUCUCGACCAGGUACCCCCGGUAGCAUCGAGCUCAACUCCAUGGACCAAAAGCGUCCGCUGCCUUCGAGAAUGGGCACCACGGCCUCGACUGCCAGUUAUUCUUCGCGUGCGCCUCUCGUCGGCGGUGCUGCGGACUUUGGCUACCAGCGAUCCGCCUCGCCCGUUCCGUCGCUCCCUCCAAUGGAUUUGAACAAUUACCCGCCUGCUCGGCCGGGCACCUCGAACUCUCAGCGAAGCUUCCGGCCCCAACUAUCACACGUGCAGACGAACUCACAGGGCUCCAUGCGAGGCGGCUUCUCGGAGAGCCCCGCUGCCUACUCUCCCGACGUUAUGCCUCCCUUCCCGCCGCCAGUCAGGUCACCCACCGCCCGAACGAUGGACAGUUAUGGUCUGCAAAGACAGAACACGUACCAGAGUGACCGUUCAACGCCGGCUCCCAGGGCUACACACGACGACUAUUCGAGCCAAUCGAACGGACGAGCCAGCCCAGCGCCCUCGGCCUACUCGACUCGUUCUGGCGCGCCCUUGCCACGCGGCCCUGGCCCGCUCAAUAACACGCCCUAUCAAGCCUAUCAGCCAUUCAAUCCGACUCGAAGCGCGACCGGUCCCGUUCCUCCUCGGGGUCCGCCGAGUGCUCCCAUGCGGAACAUGACGGCGCCUGUGCCUCCUCGCCCGCAGGAAGACUACUUUACCCGCCCGGGCACGUCUCAAAGUCAGAGGCCCAGUCCACGCGGUCAGGGCCACGGUUACGAUGACGAUGUUGAAUCCCAGAGAGACCAGCGAUACUAG